AUGCAGUUGUUGGAAAAAAAUGAAGAGAGUCGGCUCUGGAGAUACCUGUUUAUAGAAAAUUCGUACAAUCUUAAGAUUCGUCCUGUCUACAACACGUCCAGGGCGGUGAAUCUCACGUUAGAUGUGGCCGUCAAUCAAAUUAUUGAUUUUGAUGAACCGAAAAUGAUAUUGACAAGCGGGAUUUGGGUGAGGCUGUAUUGGCGUGACGAGCUGCUGACGUGGAACUCUUCAGACUUCGGCGGUCUGACGUCGAUCCAGGUACCCGCACGUGAUAUCUGGCUGCCUGAUCUCUGCCUGUACUCAAGUGUCGUCACGCCUACUGAUGGCACCUUCGGCAAUACCAACUUCAUGGUCUUGAUUUCAUCAGAGGGCAACAUCAGGUGGCUCUACCCUAUCGUCAUCCAGAGCCGUUGCAGAGUCGACAUGGGGUUAUUCCCCUAUGACACGCAGUACUGCGUGCACGAAUUUGGCUCGUGGUCGUAUAGUGGCCAUCAUAUAGACAUCUAUCCCAAAAAUCCUUUCGGCGACGCCGCGAACUACAUUAGCAACGGCGAAUGGGAUCUUCUUGAUCUACCGUGUCGGAAGAAAGUGACGACGUACGGUUGUUGCCCAGAGCCUUACCCCAGCGUCGUUUACACAUACGUUCUGCAAAGGCGUCCUACUUUUUACCUUUUCAACUUGGCCCUGCCCUGCUUCCUCAUCACGUGUGUCAAUCUUUUAUCCUUUCUACUUCCGGUAGAAUCGGGCGAAAAGAUCGCCUUAAGCAUCACCACUCUCCUUACUGUGGUUCUUUUCUUGAGGAUGAUCGCUGAUUCCAUUCCACCACAAGGCAACGUCAUCCCCAUUAUACAGUGGUAUUUUGGAGGAUGCAUGGUACUGCUCUGCUUAUCUACAGCAGUAGCUAUCCUUGUGUACCGGAUACACUUCAAAGGCGAAUACGGCACACCAUUUCCAGUUUGGGCCAGACGGAUAUUAUACGGACCCCUCGGACGGAAGUUGGGCGCAUGUCCAGCCGUCAAUCAAGUAGAAGAAAAUAAGGUGACCAUCUUAAAGAAGAAACCCAUUCUGGAUCAAACGCCUGCCCCAGACAACAAAGUAUUUUCCUUUUGUAACUACGAUGACGUGGAAAAUCUGUCCGCCAACGACGACACCGUACCGGAAAUGGAAUCCAGAAACGUGGUGCCAAACUCCGGAAGUGAUGGAAAAGAGUGGAGAGAUCUUGGCCGCUGUAUCGAUAAACUCUUUUUUAUUCUGUUUAUUCUGGUUCUUGCAGCACUCAGUACCUUUGUGUUAUUUUACUUUAGGACAUAA